CGGAACGUAAUCGACGGGCCCCGUCGCAGAGACAUCUCGCGCCGUCGCCGCAGAUCGCGCUUGGUCGGUACCUCCUCUGUCAUCGCUGGUCGUAUCGCGCGCGUAUCACGCCAUAUCUCGCGACCGCCGUUAUCGCACAUCAUCCGAUCUGCGGCAAUUGCGUACCGGCGGUCUCCCGGCCGUCCGACACGUUCGCGAUAACUCCCCUCCCCUCAUCACCCACCCAGAGACACACCGGAGACCAUCUCAGGGAUAGUGACGACGGUGUUUUUCCAUACCAAUAGCGGUUACGUACACGCAUUAUGAUAUCGUGAUAGCCACAACGGCCGUACCCGCGGUAACGACCCCUCAGCGUCACCACUAUACCACCAACACCUGCCCGAAACCCAUCAGAGACCUGACGACGACGACAAAAACGAUCCCGGUUAACGGCUUUCCGACGGCGGCGGUCGUCGCGUCGCACAGCCGCAGCGCCCGCGUACGCCACUCGCGAUGGACCACCGCUGCCGCGGCCAGCUAAACGGCUGCGUCCCGGUGACAGUCUUUGACGGCGGUUUCGAUCGUACCGGCGGCGGCUGCGGCGGCGGCGGUAUCGUCUGCCGUACCGGUACCGGUCGCGUCGCUAGCAGUGCGCGGGCGGACAACAGCGGUACCGGCGCCGCGGGCAGCGGUGCAGGAAUCGGCAGCAACAUCACCUGCAGCACUGGUACCUGCAGCGGCAGCGGUCCGACCACGGAAACGCUCGUCCGACGCCGACGCGAGAUCUGUUGGGUUUUGCGGUCGGGUCGCAUUUUUGCGUAAGGAUCGUAUGGUGUUUGGCUUUAGGGCUGGCUGCGAUAAUGUGGCACUCGGGUGGAAUGGGCAGCCACGGCGGUGGCUGGAUGAAGCUGAUGGGAAUGGUGCACAGGGACCGGAGAUCGGCGCAACGGCACGUACAGGACGCCGCUACAGCAUUGCUGGCUCCUAUCGACAGGUCGCUGCCGAAACUCAGUACCCAAGACGAAGACGGCUGUGGUCCAGGGGCAAAUCUUGGCACAGGCCUCACACACGGUCAUCCUCAACACUGUUCGGGGAGCGCGACAUUCGAACCGAUACCGCACGACCACGACUUCUGCGAAAGAGUUACAAUCAACGUGAGCGGUAUGAGGUUCGAGACGCAGCUACGGACGUUGAAUCAGUUCCCGGAUACGCUGCUGGGCGACCCGUGUCGGAGGAUGCGGUACUUCGAUCCGCUGCGCAACGAGUACUUCUUCGACAGGAACCGGCCGACGUUCGACGCCAUACUCUACUAUUACCAGAGCGGCGGCCGGCUGAGGAGGCCAACUACGGUGCCGUUGGACGUGUUCUCCGAGGAGAUAAAGUUCUACGAGCUUGGCGAACUGGCCACCAAUAAAUUUAGGGAAGAAGAGGGUUUUAUAAAAGAAGAAGAGAAACCACUGCCAAAGCCCGAGUUCCAGCGGAAGGUGUGGCUGCUGUUCGAGUACCCGGAGAGCUCUCAAGCCGCCCGGGUGGUGGCCAUCAUAUCCGUGUUCGUCAUACUACUGUCCAUCGUUAUAUUCUGCCUGGAAACGUUGCCAGAGUUCAAACACUACAAGGUGUUCAACACGACGACCAACGGUACGAAAAUCGAGGAGGACGAGGUGCCUGACAUCACCGACCCGUUCUUCUUGAUCGAGACCAUUUGCAUCGUGUGGUUCACGUUCGAGCUGUCCGUCCGCUUUCUCGCCUGCCCCAACAAGUUGCACUUCUUCAAGGACGUGAUGAACACGAUCGACAUAAUCGCUAUAAUACCGUACUUCAUCACGUUGGCCACGGUAAUUGCCGAGGAGGAGGAUCCCACGAUGAACCUGCCCAAGGCGCCGCAGAACCCGCAGGACAAGAGCACCAACCAGGCCAUGUCACUGGCCAUACUCAGGGUCAUCCGGCUCGUGAGGGUUUUCAGGAUAUUCAAACUGUCCCGACAUUCCAAGGGAUUGCAAAUUCUCGGGCGCACCCUGAAAGCCUCAAUGCGAGAACUGGGAUUGCUCAUAUUUUUCUUGUUUAUCGGUGUGGUGCUAUUCUCGAGCGCGGUGUACUUCGCCGAAGCCGGCUCAGAGAAUUCCUUCUUCAAGUCCAUCCCGGACGCAUUCUGGUGGGCUGUUGUUACCAUGACGACUGUGGGCUAUGGUGACAUGACACCAGUGGGCGUGUGGGGGAAAAUUGUCGGUUCGCUGUGCGCGAUUGCCGGCGUGCUCACAAUCGCACUGCCCGUGCCCGUCAUCGUGUCCAACUUCAACUAUUUCUAUCACAGAGAGACUGACCAAGAAGACAUGCAAUCGCAGAACUUCAACCACGUCACCAGCUGUCCUUAUCUUCCCGGUACUUUAGGUCAACACAUGGUGAAAUAUCCGUCGGGCGGCGACUCGACGUCGGACCUGAUGGAUUUGGAGUCGGCCGACAAUUGUCUGCUGGACGCGGAGCUGGACGAACCACCACUGUCGUUGCCGCCGCCGCAGCAACCCAAAAAGUUCAACAGCUGCGCCACCGUGGUCAGGCUCAACAACAACAGCAUCAAGAGGUUCAGUGUCGAAACUGACGUCUGACUAGCAGUAUUCAAAUUGCAAUCCGGCGGCCGUCCAGGUCUCCAAACGCCUAUAAGGUGCUGUGCUGUGAUAGCUAAGAUGUUUCCUUCGUUAAGUUACCUCCGACAAGUUUAUUUAUAAUAUUUUUUUAAGCGAAUAUUAAUAACGAUAAUAAAAAUUGUACUCGGAAUCUCACUCUUUUGAGGGGAUAAUUUUCUAAUAAUAUAUUGAGCCAAUAUAAUAAUAUAUAAUACAUAAUACUGCAAUUAUUAUUAUCCACAGCCGUGAGGAAAAAAAAUACAAUAAACGGAUCGUCUCAAAUUGUUUUAU